CCCUCCUGCUCCCUGCCCUCCUCCCGGAAGCGCGCCCUCUGGGCCUGGCUGGCGACGGGCGCCAUGCGGAGGCGUCUUCCCUGGCUGCUUCCUCCUCCGGCGGCUCCUCCGCAGGCGACCCCUCCGUGCCCCGCGGUGACGCUGCUGCCGGGGCUGCUGCUGGUGGCGGCGCUGUGCGGAGAGGGCGCCCCGGCCCCGCUCCCUUUCCCGGAGCCACGCUCGGAGACACCGCCGCGGACCCCGCCGCCGGUGGUGCCCUCGGAGACGCAGAGGCCGGACGGCGCAGGAGGCAGUGCCAAUGGCAGCAGCAGUAGCAGUAGCAGCCUGGCGGCGGUGCCGGCCCCUCCGGAGGCCACGCCGCCCAUGACCCAGCGCGCCCUCUCCGUCCUGGUCCUGGCCAGCGCCGGCCUCAUCGUCUACUUCGUCAUCCGCACCGUGCGACUUAGACGAAGAAAUAGAAAGACAAGGAGGUAUGGGGUUCUGGACACAAAUAUAGAAAAUACAGAGCUGACACCAUUAGAACAAGAUGAUGAUGAAGAUGAUACAACACUAUUUGAUGCCAAUCAUCCUCGAAGAUAAGUGUGCCUUUUGGGGAAAGUUUUCAAUCGUGGAGCAACAGAAGAAGGCUGUUCAGAAGGAAUAAGAAGCCAAUAUCAGGGUUGGGGGGAGGGUAUAUAUAUAUUAUGGCAUCCUUUAAUUUGUUGCAAUAAACUCUUAACAUUUUACUCUAUUUUUUGUAUAUACAGAAAUAUUUUAAGUUCAAGCCUAUGGAAAUAGCACACUAAAUUUAAACCUAUUUUAAACAGGGUAUUUUCUGCUACUUUUCUGUAUUGUGGUCUUCCGUUGUGAAAUACAUUUGUGAGUUUCCUAACAACCUUUUUUUAAAGUAUGUCAAAUGUAGUAACUUAUUUAUGUGAUUUUUUUUUUUGCAGCAAGUCUUUCAUUUAAUAGCACUGUCUUGCCAAAUCUAAUUAACCAUGUGACUGAUGUGGGUUUUUGUUUUGUUUUGUUUUUUGUUUUGUUUUUUUGUUUUUUUUGGAGAGGGGUUAACUUGGAUGUACACUGUAGGUCUGUGACAGUGAUGCAAAUAAAUGUUUACAGUAUUCCUAACACUGA